CCUAGAAACCUCUUAUUUACCAACAUUUCGUAAGUAAUAAAUGUACUAUUUACCAACAGUUGGUCCUGUCAUUGGUGGAGUGAUGUACGAGUUCCUAGGAUACAAAAGCCCAUUCCUGUUGAUAGCUGGGUUGGCCGUUGUUGAUGGAGUACUUCGUUUACUACAGCAAAGACCAGCAGAAGAAGAAUCUAAAGAGAAAGCGGACGAUUAUUCGAGUUUAAACUUAUUGAAGGACCCAUACGUUCUACUAGCUGCAGCAUUCUUAUUCGUUGGAACGGCAGCAUCUGUUAUGGUUGGGGGGAUGGUACCGGUCUGGAUGAUGAUGUCUAUGAACGCUUCAGCGUGGCAACAAGGAGUUUCGGCAUUGCCUGCGGCAGGAGGCUUUAUCAUUGGAACUUUUCUCUCUUCCAUGCUGGUGGGAAGAACAGGGCGUUGGCUGCUGAUUUUGGUUGGAAUCCUAGGAUUGGGAGUCUCUAUGGCAAUAAUUCCCCUGGCCAGGAACAUCCCAGAGUUAAUCACACCCUACCUUGCUUUUGGAAUAUUCAGUGGAUUGGCAGAAACAACUGUACUAACAGAAAUAGGGGAGUUAGCGGAUACCAGACACGGCUCGAAAUACGGGAGUGCCUUCGCUAUCUCAGAGAGCGCCAUGUGCAUCGGCAUUACCAUUGGUCUUGCGGUCUCUGGAGUUUUGAUGGAUGCUCUGGGCUUUUUUUGGAUGAUGCUAGGCUUAGGAUUACUCAACGUCCUUCUCAGUCCUGCUGCCAUCCUACUGCGGAAUGUACCAAGUACAGAAAAGAUGGACAAACUGACAAUCGUCUAUAAAGAGGAGAACCAGCUGAAGACACAGUUCUACAAACCUCAACCUGGGGAGGAUUAAAUCUAAAAAAAUCUAAGCCAUAAAGUGACGAGAGUUACUUUUGGAGGGCUCUUUUUAAAACGUAAGAUGGACGUUUUGGGCUCGUAUGUCAAAAGCAAAGUGACCAAAAUUUGGUGUCGAUGCACAUUCGACUGAGGAACUUUUUACCCUAAUGACAGUGUGUUUUCUAAGAUGGCAUUUUUGCAAAAUACUACCUCAGGUAUGAAUAUGCAUAUAUAUAUAUAUAUAUAUAAAGCAGCAACAUAUGUCAGCCUAUGAAUAUUAAUUGUGAUUGACGUUUUAUCUUGAUAGUGAAAAAACUGCAUGGAAAGUGUGAAGAUAGCAAGAAGCAGGCCUGCGAACCUUCCCUCUUGUGCAUUGUUGUCUGUUUACAGUAAUUUUUCAUUGGGGCGGACCAGCAAACUGAGAAAGUUGUCUACAAGGCAUCAUGUAAAGGUAAAUCAGUAAAGGUAAAUUAUAGAUGAGUGAACUAAUGUGAUUUUCCAUGUGUACAGAUUGUAUAUACAUAUAUGAUGUAAAUUUGUAACCGUUCUGCUUAUACAAUGUACGUUAAUGCUAGUGGUUUUAUAUUGUUUAUUGCAGCAAUUGUAUUUGUAACAUGUAUGUAUUCUCUCCCAGGCUUAGCCCUUGCCAAUACCCUAAGGCUAGUUGGGUAGCCCUGGCUGUAUGUAUACAGCUGAACAAAUAAAUAAAAUAAAUAAAGAAAAAGAGUGUUUUCUGAAGGCCCGAUCACAAUCGUUGUGU